CUUCAGUCGGCUGCACGCGCUCAACACAAUCGGUUCGGUUCUCGUGAGUUACUUGCUUACCGGAAACGAGUGUGAAAGUGAGAAUAAUUGACUGGAUGCUAAUAGUCGAUUGUUUUGGGGCAACAGUACUGUCCUGAUGGUUAUUAUUGGCGAACGCCUUGCUUGGUUGGUUAGUUUUCCACGAGACUCGGCGCGAAUUCAGUAACGAACCCCGGCAUCCAACUGCGUGUUGUUUAGUUUUUACGACAGUUGAAAUACAUAUCGCAUACAUCUGCCACCGGUGAGAGUAAGAGUGAGACAAAGUGCAAUAACCAUAUUUCUAAAUUGAACCUGCUGUUAUUCGACCCGUCGAGUGAUUUGAACGGGACGAUCAAGACAAGCGCCGAAUUUUUAAACCAAUAAAUCUAGUUUUCGCGCCGACCUUCGGACAGCAGCACAGCAGUUGGUUCAGUGAAGUCGAUUUGGACAGGUGCCCCAGGCGUGUGAAAUUGCACUAACAAUGAGAAGUAGCAGUGUGAUGCCAAUUAUUAUCCGAUGCUAGACCGGUCUGUCGGAACGACUGUGUCAACUACGAGUGCUUCGAGGGGGGUGGUAAAAGCGAUUCGUCCGACGGACGGUUUAAAUUUACACCCUCAAUAGCAACAAGUCUUGGAAAGUGUUUCCCGCGUGUUCCCGACAGCUGCAGCUGAUUGCAUUUUCCCGUUCACUGCAGAUUUAGAAACAAAACAAUCGACGUACCGACUGUGAAACAACAUGGACGUUGUAGAGAGUAGCAAAUUGAGCGAUGGAAUCUCCUCGCCCCUGUGGAUGUUUUGGAAACGCCGACGGUACAUGGUGGUGUUUAUGGCCUUCCUUGGCUUCUUUAAUGUUUACGCUCUGCGAGUGAAUCUCAGCGUGGCCAUCGUGGCCAUGACCGAAUGCCGUCAGGUAGACUACGGAAAUGGAACUAUUGGACAGGAACAAUACUUCGACUGGAGCUCACAGAUGCAGGGAUACGUGCUAAGUUCUUUCUUCUAUGGCUAUAUUCUCACCCCCUUCCUUGGCGGAUUCAUAUCCAAUCGAUUCGGCGGAAACUAUGUUUUCGGUGUAGGAAUUGGAGCGACGGCCGUUUUAACACUUUUAACGCCUCUUGCAGCGAAGGCAGGUGUGGGAAUGCUAAUUGCCGUGCGCAUUAUCGAGGGUAUCUUCGAAGGUGUCACCUUCCCCUGUAUUCACGCCGUCUGGUCUAGGUGGGCUCCACCUGGUGAACGGUCCCGGAUGGCGUCGAUUGCGUUCGCUGGGAACUACGCCGGAACCGUGGUGUCGAUGCCACUGAGUGGUGUAUUUGCCAAUGCUUUCGGAUGGGAAAGCGUUUUCUACAUUUUCGGCGCAGUUGGAUGCGUUUGGGUCCUAGCGUGGACCUUCAUGAUAAGAACAUCCCCCGAUGUGGAUCCUUGGAUUAAGCCAAAGGAGAAGGAAUUUAUUCUUGCGAGUCUGGGCCGGACCGAAGGAGCUAAGGAUAAGGUUAAGCAUCCCUGGAAAGGAAUUAUUACAUCGUUGGCUGUUUGGGCUUUGAUAGCUUCGCAUUUCUCCGAGAAUUGGGGAUUCUAUACGCUGCUGACGCAGCUGCCAACCUUCUUGAAGGACACCAUGCACUUUGAACUAGAGAAAACUGGAUUUGUUUCUGCCAUUCCCUACCUGGUCAUGGGAAUCUUAUUAUUUGUGGCCGGAUACUUAGCCGAUACUUGUCAGCUUAAAGGUUGGCUCACAACGACUCAGGUCCGUCGGUACUUUAACUGCGGCGCGUUCCUAGGCCAGACAGUGUUCAUGAUCAUUGGAGCUAUGAUCCUACAGCCGGGUCCCACGAUCACGUGCAUUACAAUCGCCGUCGGAUUGGGCGCUUUCGCCUGGUCUGGUUUCGCUGUCAACCAUCUGGAUCUUUCGCCGAAAAGCGCCGGCGUUAUGAUGGGUAUCUCGAACACUUUUGCGACUGUGCCGGGUAUUGUCAGUCCGAUCAUAACCGGACACAUUACUUCGAACAAAACGGACGAUGAGUGGCGGGUGGUGUUCUAUAUUGCUGCUGGCAUAUACCUGGUCGGAUGUAUCAUCUACUGGUUCUGGGCCUCGGGAGAAUUGCAACCGUGGUCGAUUGAGGCACAGGAGAAGUUGGCCAAGGAAGCGAACGGCCGGAUAAGCGGCGAUGGUGGUUAUGUUAAUAAAAUUAAAAUUGAAGACGAAAAGUGAUUGAUGUGUCAUAUUUGAUAGAUGUGUAGGUUCGAAACUAACGUAAUACGUUCAUGUUUAAUAUGAAUGUUCAGUAUAGAUGUCUUGAUAAGUAUUUAGUAAAAUGUUAUCC